UACUAUGUUGGUCACUCUGAAGGCACAACAGCAGGCUUCAUAGCAUUUUCUACAUACCCUGAGCUGGCUAAACGGGUGAAAAUGUUCUGUGCUCUGAGCCCAGUAACCACAGGCUCACAUGCUACAAGCCCUCUGAUUAAGAUAACAAGUGUUCCUGAACCACUGCUCAGGUUAGCAUUUGGCUGCAAAGGAGCCAUGCACCAGAUUGGAUUUCUGAAAGGACCUGUGACGCAGUUGUGUACAAGCCUGGAUAAGUUCUGUGGCCAUGUACUCUGUUACAUAGCUGGAGGCAACAUAAAAAAUCUGAACACGAGCCGGAUAGAUACCUACGUAGCACAUUCCCCUGCUGGAACAUCUGUACAGAACAUUAUUCAUUGGCAUCAGAUAAUACGUGCAGACCAAUUUCAAGCUUAUGACUACGGCUCUAAGGAAAACAUGAAGAAAUACAACCAGUCUACUCCUCCUGCAUACCCAAUAGAGAAGAUAAGCACACCAAUUGCUGUUUGGAGUGGUGGAUGUGACAAAUUUGCAGAUCCCAAGGACAUGGCAAAGCUACUUCCUCGGAUUACUAAUCUCAUUUACCACGAGCAUUUCCCUGCUUGGGGACAUCUUGAUUUCAUCUGGGGCCUUGAUGCAACUGAGAAAAUGUAUCGGAAAAUCAUUGAACUAAUAACAAAAUACUUUUGA